CGCAGCUGAAAAUCUUCAAAACGAAAAAGAUCAGAAAUUUCCCUCCAAGACACUGCGUUUAUAGAUUUGAUCGGAGAGCUUCAGAGUUUCAGAAGGUGCAAUGGAGUCUACAAAGACAAAAGGUUUCGGAGGAAGGAGAGGAGGUGAGAGAAAGAAGUCGGUGUCGAAGUCCGUCAAAGCCGGCCUUCAGUUUCCGGUCGGCCGAAUCGCCCGGUUCUUGAAGAAGGGACGCUAUGCUCAGCGAACCGGCAUCGGAGCUCCGAUCUAUCUCGCCGCCGUUCUCGAGUACCUCGCUGCUGAGGUGUUGGAAUUGGCGGGAAAUGCGGCAAGGGACAACAAGAAGAACAGGAUAAACCCUAGGCAUUUGCUUUUGGCGGUGAGGAAUGAUGAGGAAUUGGGGAAAUUGCUUCAGGGUGUGACUAUAGCGAGUGGUGGCGUUCUUCCCAACAUCAAUCCUAUUCUGUUGCCAAAGAAACAUGCAGAAUCUGACAAGACCACCAAGCAGCCAAAGUCACCCAAGAAGGACAAGGCCUAGUUCUGCUUCUCUGGUCAUGUAAUUAAUAUAGCAUUAGAUGAUAGGCUCAGUAGGGUCUCUUCUGUUUUGCUUUUUGGUGUUAUGGUUUUUGAAUCCUUUUGCAAGUUGUAGCAAGUUUAGUUUUGUGAACUUGAAUGAAAAGCUGCUUUUUGGUCUUUACUCUUUA